AUAGUCGACGACGUCACCGACUUUAAACAAAUUAGGAAAAGGAAAGAAACUCCGAAAUAAACAUUAACUUCGGAGGCAAGGCAUCGUUCUGCUUGCAGGCCUGCACAAAUCUUUUUAUGACAUUACUCUUCCAUCUUCAAUUUUCUGAAAAUCAGUGCCUUAGAUAUUAAUAACAAAGCAGCAUCAAAGCUUGUUCCGCCAUUAAACUCCAAAUAAAUUGUUUGCCUCUCUCAAGUGAAGUUGAGAACAGUAAUACAUAUGUUAGGGACUCCACCGCAACAGGGUAUCGGGGCAAGCACAGACUUGUUAGAAAAGCCUCAGCUUCAUACUCACAGAUGGCAUUUCAGUAAAUAUGAAAUUGAACAUUGUUCCCCUUCUAGAAAGGAUGGAAUUAACUUUGAGAAGGAGUCUCAGUUACGGAAGUUGUACUGCUCUUUCAUUCAAGAUCUUGGCAAAAAGCUUAAAAUACCUCAGGUGACAAUAGCAUGUGCAUUGAUGGUAUGCCACCAGUUUUACAUGCGACAAUCUCACGCGAAGAAUGAUUGGCAGACAAUUGCAACAGCAAGUACAUUUCUUGCUUGCAAACUUGAAGACACCCCGCGCUUGCUGGGGGAUGUGGUUGUUGUUGCAUAUGAGAUGAUAUACAAAUGGGAUUCUUCUGCACCAAACAGAAUCCGAAGAAAGGAUUUCUGUGACAAGCAGAAGGAAUUGAUCAUAAGUGGGGAGAGGUUAUUAUUGGUAACAAUUGCUUUUAGUAUUGAUAUCAAACUCCCAUACAGGCCACUUGUUGACGCUUUAAAAAAACUGAAGAUAUAUCCAGCUCUUGCAAAAGUUGCAUGGAAUUUCGUAAAUGAUUGGCUUUGUACCACACUGUGCUUACAGUACAAGCCCCAUUAUAUUGCAGCCGGUUCUCUGUUCCUUGCUGCUAAACUCCAAAAAGUGAAGCUGCCUACAAGUAAGGGAAAUGUUUGGUGGAUGGAGUUUGAUAUUUCGCCUAAACAAUUAGAGGAGGUUAUCCAAGAGAUGGUCCGGCUGUUGGAGCAAGACAGAAAGGGAGAUUUGCCUACAGUCUCAGUUGGAAAGGCGAUCACGAGUAGCUCACAAUCAACAAUUACAAGUGCAUCACUUGCUAGUUCACAUUCUAAUGAUAUAGACGUCGUAGAAUCUCAGGUAUUGGGUGAGACUCAAAGCCAAACAAGCUGUAGUGUUGCCAUCGUCAUUACUGAGGAUGACGAUGGUGAGAGUCGGCCAGGAAAAAGGAAAUUUAAUUUGAGUUCAAGCUGUGAGAAUGUACAUGCUACUGGCUUCUAUAGUAAGAUUGACGCUAACCAAAUAAGGGAGAGAUUGAAGAGGAGGAGAGUUGAUGGAACAACAAAAAACAAAUCUGAUGAAACCGCAAAUGCCGAUAUAGACGGUGAAGCAUGGAUAGAACGAGAGCUGGAGAAUGGAAUAGAAUUGGAAGAGAAGAAAAAGGAAGAUAUGAUAAUAUGAUGCUACUAACUAGAAUUCUUCAUCUCACAUCUUAAAUUUCUUGACAAAAGUUCAGAGCAGAAUUUUGUUUAACAUUGUUUUCCCAGAUUAAUGGGUAUAUAGAAGCAGAGUAGCAGUUCUAUGUGCAGUGAGUUUGGGUUAGAUGGGGCACGUAGAGCAAUUUGAUGAGUAAAUUUGUGCUAAUAUUUAUUGGAACAGAAUAAAGCUUUUAUUUUGAGGUAAACCUCUACUGAGUGAUUUCUGAAAAACUAUAGUAGUCCCAUUUUUUCCAUGUUUCUUUGUUUAUGGUCUUGGUAUUUUAUACGUUCAGCUGUAUUAUAGACUAUUUAUAGUAGAUUUAAGGAGGAAAGGGAAUGAUUAUGGCAUCAAUUGAAGAUGUAAAUUUUUCGAAGGUUCAAUAAAAGAUUAUUAUGUAA